AUGGCUCAAAUCAAAGGAUUGAGUGCGUAUGAUCGCCCUCCUGAUCCCGUGAGGCUUUGUUAUAAGAAGUAUUCCAAGAUUGCCGUGUCUGACGUUGACGAUGAUCCGGAAAUCCUCGACCUCCAACGACUAGAUCGUGACCGACUACCGCAUGGAGUGACGGUUGCGCAGUCGAUGUCAAGCCAGGAUCUGCGGCUCGCAUUCGAUGAUUUCAUCCGUGGAGGUCAUCAGACGGCAGAUGAGCAUGCUCCCCUUGCUGAGAACAUCCCGGUCUAUGCUCACAAUUCAAUAUCCGGUCUCUUGAUGAUCCCUGCUUUGUUUCCUCCCACCGUUCAGAUUGAAUUGCUCUCACGCCUCUUCCACCGAGACCUGCCCCGCCCUGAGCAUCAGACAAACCUCCACCUCCACUACGAUGUGACGUACCCCGAGAAUGCGGAAGAAACACAGAUGCCCAAGUCUUUCUUUGGAGAUGAUCCUACUCGAACAUUCGAACCCAAAGAUCCAGAGGUACACAAGCCCGUGUCAGUUCAGAGUCUGUUGGAGAAGAAACUGCGCUGGGUGACACUGGGAGGGCAGUAUGACUGGACAGCCAAGGUCUACCCAUCCGGACCUCCGCCUGAAUUUCCCCCGGACAUUGCCAAGCUCCUCCAUGCCGCGUUCCCUAACACCACAGCACAGGCUGCCAUCUUGAAUCUGUACUCAGCUGGCGAUACGCUCAGCGUGCAUCGUGACGUGAGCGAGGACUGUGACGUAGGACUUAUCAGUGUGAGCUUUGGCUGCGACGGGCUGUUCUUGGCUAGCCAUGAUGAUGGGAAUGGCUGCGAGAUCAUUCGGCUGCGGUCCGGCGAUACGGUCUACAUGAGCGGUGCCUCGCGUUUCGCCUGGCACGGGGUACCCAAGAUCUUGCCUUCGACCUGCCCUGCCUGGCUGGCCGACUGGCCAUCCUCGGGGGAUUCAGGCCCCGGCAUGCCGCCAGGUCCCUACGAGAUGUGGAAGGGGUGGAUGUCUAGCAAACGGAUAAACCUAAAUGUUCGACAGAUGUCGAACCCUGAGGAACCUGCAGCUGAAACAGAACCCGUCUGA